UCUGGGCAAACUAAUAGCCCCUUAAUUGUUACGGAAAUUGUUUCCUAUAAAAUGGCCAAAAUCAGGCAUAACAAGAAACAUUUAAGAUGGCUGAUAUAGCGCUUUUGCUAGAUUUGGCAGAUAGAGCGCUGCGCAAAAGGCGUAUUUUCAGAGACCGCGCAGACUUACUUGCCGAGAAUGAUGACUGGUUAAUUAGUCGUUUCAGGCUACCCAGACCGGUUCUUUUGCAUUUAUGCAAUAUAUUGGAGGACAAUCUUAGAAGGCAAACUAGACGGUCCCACAGCAUUCCAGCACACUUGCAGGUGUUGUCUGUGCUUGGUUUUUUGGCAACAGGAACAUUCCAGCGGGAGAUUGCAGACAGGUCAGGGAUAUCUCAGUCAUCCAUGAGUCGCAUCAUCCCAGAUGUUCUUGAUUGCAUAGUAGGGCUAAUGCCCCAAUAUAUAAAAUUCCCCUAUAACCUUGUCCAUCAGUUGGAGGUGAAGCAAAGAUUCUUUGCUAUUGCAAACCUGCCAAACGUGAUAGGAGCAAUUGAUUGCACACACAUUCGCAUUAAGGUGCCAUCACAUGAUGCAUUUCCAUUUCUAAAUAGGAAAAACUAUCAUUCCAUCAAUGCGCAACUAAUUUGUGAUGCUAAAUGUGCGCUACUUAAUGUAGUGGCCCGCUGGCCGGGUGGUACGCAUGAUAGUUUAAUUCUUCGGAGCAGCUCAGUUGCUAGACGUUUGGACAGUGGUGCAUUAACAGACGGAUGGCUAAUUGGUGACAAUGGUUAUCCCCUGACACCAUGGCUUAUGACCCCGUUGAUAAAUCCCCAAAGCCGUCAGGAGAUGGCAUACAAUGAAGCACACGCAAAAUCUCGACCCAGAGGAUAUAAUUAG